UAUGCGCAGAUAAUCAUACGCAUGAUCACACAAACCAAUGACAGAAUUAUUUCAGUAUUCUUUUUAAUAUUUCCCUAGUAGUCCAUUAAAAUAUACAGAUUUGAUACAAUUUCUGCAUGGAUAUGGCGGAGAAGGUCACGAAAACUGCAGGUGAAGUGUAUGUAUCUGACAAAGAGGGAGAUGACCAGGAUGGUGAUGGAACAGAGCAGAAGCCUUUCAAGACCUCAUUGAGGGCGUUGACAUUUGCUGGAAAAGAGCCAUUCCCAACCAUCUAUGUGGACUCUCAGAAGGGUGGAGAGCGUUGGGCAGUGAUCUCCAAGACGCAGAUGAAAAAUGUGAAGAAGUUAUUUGCUAAAGAGCAGAUGAAGAGCGAUUCCAAAGACAAAAAGGAGGCAGAGGAUUCUGAGAGACGAGAGAAGAAUCUGGAAGAAGCUAGAAAAAUCACCAUUGAGAAUGACUCCAGCCUUCCAGAGCCUAAAACGGUUAAAAUCUAUCAGCUGGAGCCGCUCCGGGGGGAGAGAGUGAAGGUGUUUGGCUGGGUGCACCGAAUGAGAAAACAAGGAAAGAACCUGCUGUUCAUUGUGCUGAGAGAUGGAACUGGUUUCCUGCAGUGUGUUCUCAACGAUAAAUUGUGUCAGUGCUAUAAUGCCCUGGUGCUGUCCACUGAAAGCACAGUGGCGUUGUAUGGGACAGUGAAGGAAGUACCAGAGGGAAAACAGGCCCCUGGAGGUCAUGAGCUGCACUGUGACUUCUGGGAGCUGGUGGGUCUGGCCCCGGCUGGAGGAGCCGACAACCUGCUGAACGAGGAGUCUGAUGUGGACGUUCAGCUCAACAACAGACACAUGAUGAUCCGUGGGGAGAACGUGUCCAAGAUCCUCCGGAUCCGCUCCACUGUCACACAGUGCUUCAGGGAUCACUUCUUCAACCACGGAUACUGUGAGAUCACCCCGCCCACCCUGGUGCAGACCCAGGUGGAGGGAGGUUCCACCCUGUUCAACCUGAACUACUUCGGGGAGGAGGCGUUCCUGACCCAGUCCUCUCAGCUCUACCUGGAGACCUGCAUCCCUGCCCUGGGAGACACCUUCUGUAUCGCACAGUCCUACCGCGCUGAGCAGUCCCGCACCCGCAGGCACCUGUCUGAGUACACUCAUAUAGAGGCAGAGUGCCCCUUCAUGACCUAUGAAGACCUAUUGAGCAGGCUGGAGGACCUGGUGUGUGAUGUGGUGGACAGAGUCCUGAAGUCUCCUGCUGCUCCUCUCCUCUACCAAGUCAACCCUGACUUCAAGCCCCCCAAGAGGCCCUUCAAGAGGAUGAACUACUCUGAUGCCAUCAUCUGGCUCAAGGAACACGACAUCAAAAAGGACGAUGGGACCUACUACGAGUUUGGAGAGGACAUCCCAGAGGCGCCAGAGAGGCUGAUGACUGAUGCCAUCGGUGAGACCAUCCUGCUGUGUCGCUUCCCAGCUGAGAUCAAGUCCUUCUACAUGCAACGCUGUCCUGAGGACCGACGCCUCACUGAGUCGGUGGAUGUGCUGAUGCCUAACGUUGGAGAGAUCGUAGGAGGGUCUAUGAGGAUCUGGGAUGCUGAGGAACUGCUGGAGGGAUACAAGAGGGACGGCAUUGACCCAACCCCCUACUACUGGUACACGGACCAGAGGAAGUAUGGGACCUGUCCCCAUGGCGGCUACGGACUGGGCCUGGAGAGGUUCCUGACCUGGCUGCUGAACAGACACCACAUCAGAGACGUGUGCCUCUACCCCCGUUUCAUCCAGCGCUGCCGACCCUAAACUACCAACUACCCACCAUGCCCCCUGUCUGCAGCUAGAUUGCACUGCAACAGACCAAGGGUGCAUCCCAAAUGGCACCCUAUUCCCUGUAUAGUGCACUUCUUUUUGACCAGGGUCAUAGAAAUCUGGUAAAAAAAAGUUGUGUACUAUUUAGGGAAUUGGGUGCCAUUUGGGAUGAAGCCCAUCAUCAUAUUGCAUGAAGCCCAUCAUCCUAUUGCACUGCAAGAGACCAACGUAUUAGUCCCCUGUAGCUCAGUUGGUAGGGCAUGGCGCUUGCAACGCCAGGGUUGUGGGUUCGUUUCCCACGGGGGG